CUGGAUGAUUACAUAACUGGUAAAAUUUUAUCAUUAGAAGACGAUCAAAUGGCGCUACGAGAACUGGGCGCUUCCAAAGCACAGGCGCUUCCGAUAACAUAUGGUUGCACCGAUGGCUUAACAACAGUGACGUCGACGUUACGUGGUACGACAGUCUCAAAAGGCCGAUUAAUUCCUGGUGCAAAUAAUUCUUUUGAUUCGGGUCAAAAUAUAUCGCCUAUAAACUCGAUAUCAAUUACUGGCUCACACUGUCGCCAAAUAGUAUCAUCAAGUGCUCCGGCUAGUAGUUUGGAUAUGGAAGCACUAGUGCGGAAUGUUAGUCAGGAUAUUGGCAAUGAUCAAGAUUUCUAUCGUGAAAGGAGAAAAAAAGAUAUACAUAAUAUGAUUGAGCGAAGAAGGCGUUACAAUAUCAAUGAUCGUAUAAAGGAAUUGGGACUUAUGCUUCCUAAAAGUUCAUCGGAAGAAUUGAAGCUAAAUAAAGGGACUAUAUUAAAAGCUUCAUGUGACUAUAUCCGGCAAUUACAAAAGGAUCGUGAAUUGAUGCUGCGUCAACAACAGUACCAGGCGAGGUUGGAACAGGCAGCACGGAUGUAUGCCGAUCGGGUUAAAGAGCUUGAAAAUCAUUUGCAAAAAAAUGGCAUUGCUAUACCACCAGCUUCGGUAAGUUUACCACCGAUACCAUUAUCAUCAUUUUCUAACGAUGAACGAUCCAUAAAACAAGAACCAUUCGAUGAAAUUCCUCCUUCACCAUCUCAUACGCCAUCUAAUUGUAUUAAUUCCACUGGAUUUGUGUCACAGUUAACUGAUACAACAGCUGCCAUUUCAAUCAAUAGUCCAGCAUCCGGUUUGAAUAAUCGUCGAGAUGGUGGUUCAUUUUUGAGUGCAACGGAUAAUCCGUAUUCUGCAAAUACUUUUACUCAGUCAAAUACACCAUCGUUGAAUUCGCAACAACAAGGAUUUCCGGACCUUAUUAUGGAUGAUUUAAAUGCAAUGCGUUCCAUUCUACAGGAUGAUCCAAUGAUAUCAGCAACUGGAACUGGGCCAUCACCAUCAACUAAUUUGAAUAAUCAAUUGUCACCAGAUAUACUAUGGGAUCAUGCAAACUUCUCACCGGACAAUCAACACAAUCAAACAGCUACAGCUAAUACAUACCAUGAACAAGGCAAUAUGGAUUUCACAUAA